AUGAUGAAUUUUACGGAGGAUGCUCCUGUAAAGAAAGGCUCUGUUCUCUUAACAAGGAUGGAAAGUAUAACGGCAUACAAAAACCAACGUGGUCAACCCAAAUCUGCAACUCCAGAACAAUCUGACAUUCCAGUGUCUGCUAAUGACAUGUGUUCCCUUGCUGAAUGGCCAUCCCAUGCUCGCCGCAACCAAGCUGGUGGACAGAAGAAGAAAGGGCGAGGUGUUCUAAAAGGUUUUAAAGCAUCUAAGAAGCGUUUUGCCAAUGGAUCUGCAAAGCUAAAUAUUACAUUCUCUAAAAAAUUGGGUGGUACAGUAGGAAUGAACUAUCGUUCGUUCAAGGAUGACGUGGUAGUCAUAAUGAAAAGAAAGUUACCACUCAUUGGAGUGAGGACGUGGUCGGACAUUCACCCUACCAUUCAUCGACUCAUUGUUGCAAAUAUAAUAAGAAACUUAGAAACUGGAGAAGAGCCGGAUUGUAUUGCUCUAUGGGAACUCACCCACACAAACAAUGGAACAUGGUCUAACACAGAUUCCCAGAAAGUUUACGACCAAGCACUUGAAGAGGUUAAAAACAAAGAAGCUGAAACUGAAGGUCCACUUUCAAAGAGGAUUAACUUGGAGCGUGCUGAGAGAGAACAACUUGAGGAGAGGUUAAAAGAAGAGCGUGCUGAAAGGGAAAGAUUGUUGCAAGAAGAGCGAACAUCAAGACUGAAAUUUGAAAAAAACAUGAUGGCAAAGUUUGUAGAAUUGAGCAAACAGAUGGAAACCCAACAGGUUCCUACGAAGAGGGUUGACAAAGAAAAUAGUAAUCCAAACUUGCAAAAUAUUCUUUCACAGACAUCUAGUCCUAAUAAGACUCCAGGUUCAACGCCGACUGCUAUUUCUUCAAAUGCGCUCAUACAAGCUGUAGCAAGGCAAUCUCGAAUGUAUAAAGCAAUGGAGCUUUGA